AUGGCAGAAGCUCACGCCAAAGAUAGCAACCAUCUGUACAUUACGGUCGCCGAUGGGUCAAACCAUUCUUACAAGAUUGCAUGCACCCCCAAUGGGUGGAAAGAGAUCACUCUCGGCAGGGGAUGGCAGAGGUUCUAUCAUGAAUACAAGCUAAAUCCAUCUAACAUUCUGCUGUUCAAGCACAAGGGCAGAGACGACUUCAGCGUUCGCAUCUUUCAGUCGCCGGGUGUGGAAAGGACGUAUGAUACGUCGGGUGAUGACUCCGGCGACGAAACACCCCCCCAGACGCCCAGGAAACGCACAAGCCCUACUGAAGCGCCCCGGCGUCGAAUGGGAUGUAUCAAUGUCCCCAGGAGCUCCGCUGCAGCUGAGGUGGAGCAGACUUUUCAGUCGGAGCACCCCUUUUUCAUCAUGCACAUCACAAAAAGGCUAUUGGGCAUCCACUUCCUGCCAAAUGUGCCGCACUUUGGAGACGACGUCAACGAUGAUGCCCUUGUAAAUCUGAGAGCGGGGGAGAUCUCCGUCCAGGCAGUCUACGGAAGAUACGUUGGCAAAAGAAGGCGCAAUUGUGGCAGCAUUAGUCAAGGGUGGGGGAAUUUCUUGAGGAAGUGCAACAUAACUGUACCAAAGCUGGCCGUGUUUGAGAUCUCCCGUACCCAACCAGAGGUGGAGCUGUUGGUCCAAUUUGUUGAUUUUGAAUGA